AUGGGGGUGCCGCGCCGGGUCUGCCUGAUGGUGCUGCCGCGGGUGCUCUGGGGCUCCGUCCCCCUCUUCCUCCUGCUGCUGCCCGCGGCCGAGCCCAUCUGCCCCGAGCCAUGCGACUGCCAGCAGCACCAGCACCUCCUCUGCACCAACCGGGGCCUGCGCUCAGUGCCCAAGGCUGCCGAGCCCCAGGAUAUCCUCACCUACAGCCUCGGGGGCAACUUCAUCGCCAACAUCUCCGCCUUCGACUUCCACCGCUUGGCAGGACUCCAGCGCCUGGACCUGCAGUACAACCGGAUCCGCUCGCUGCAUCCCAAGGCCUUUGAGCGCCUGGGUCGGCUGGAGGAGCUCUACCUGGGCAACAACCUGCUGCCAGCACUGGCCCCCGGCACCCUCAGCGCCCUGGCCAAGCUGCGCAUCCUCUACGUCAACGCCAACGAGAUCGGCCGCCUCAGCGCUGCCUCCUUCUCCGGACUCAGCAGCCUUGUCAAGCUGCGGCUGGAUGGCAACGAGCUGGGCUCGCUGGGCGACUCCACUUUCUCAGGGCUGCCAAACUUACUCUACCUGCACCUGGAGUCCAAUCGCAUCCGCUGGCUGAGCCGCGGUGCCUUCACUGGCCUGGCUAAGCUGCGCUUCCUCGACCUCUCAGGGAACCAGCAGAGCUCCCUUCGCCACCCGGACAUCUUCGGGCCGCUGCGCUCCCUUCACACCCUGCUGCUAGCCAGCAACAGCCUGCAGCAGCUGACAGGGGGGCUCUUCCAGCACCUACCCGGCUUGGCGAAGCUCUCGCUCAGCGGAAACCGCCUGGCUCACCUGGCCCCGGAUGCCUUCACGGGGCUGGGUUCACUGAAGGAGCUGCGCCUGGAGGGAAACCUGCUGAGCCACCUGCCCGCUGCCCUGCUGGAGCCGCUGAGCAGCCUGGAGGCGCUGGAUCUGAGCCGCAACGCACUGACCGCCCUGCACCCUGCCACCUUUGGCCGCCUCGGCCUCUUGCGGGAGCUCAGCCUGCGAGACAAUGCGCUGGCCACCCUCCCCGGCGACCUGUUUGCCUCCAGCCCGGCUCUCUACCGCCUGGAGCUGGAGGGGAACGCCUGGAGCUGCGACUGCCGCCUCCGCGGCCUCAAGCACUGGCUGGGGGUCUGGCACUCCCAGGGCCGCCUGCUCACCGUCUUCGUGCAGUGCCGCCUGCCGCCCACCCUGGCCGGCAAAUACCUCGACUACCUGCAGGACGCCCAGCUGCCGCCGCCGCAAGACGGCGGCCCCUGCCACGACGGUGCCUCUCCCUCCUCCGCGUCCCCCCCAUCGGCAGCCGAGGAGCAGCGCCGGCCGCCGCCGGCCGCCGAGGGACUCGGCAGCAACAGCAGCGGCGGCGGCGCGGGGCUGCCCCGCGGGCCGCCGGGGCCGCCGCCGUCCGCCUCCACCGCCCGCCUGCUGGGGGCGCCCGAGGGCGCGGCGGGGCCGCCGAGGGCCGCGGCGGAGACGGCCAGCCCCACGCCGCCGCUGCCCGCCCGGCCGGCGGCCUCCGGGCCGGCGCCGCCUAGCGCGGCGUGGCCCCGGCGGGCCGGCAAGCCCCGCUCGGCGCCGGCCGCCGGGGUCCCGCCGCUGGUGUCCGACCCGUGCGACUUCAACAAGCUGUUCCUCUGCAACCUGUCGGUGGAGGCGGUGGGCUCCAGCUCGGUGACGGUGCGCUGGGCUGUGCGGCCGCACCGCAGCCCCCGCCUGCUAGGGCCGGCGCGGUUCCGCCUCCUCUUCGACCGCUUCGGCGCCGCCGUCAAGUUCCAGCGCUUCGUCUACCUGCCGGAGCGCGGGGAGCCGGCCGCCACCCUGCGAGAGCUCCGCCCGGACACGCCCUACCUCGUCUGCGUCGAGAGCGUCCUCGGCGGCCGCGUGUGCCCGGUGGCACCGCGGGACCACUGCGCCGGGCUGGUCACCCUGCCCGAGGGCGGCGCGGCGGCGGGCGGGCCCCGCGGCCCCGACCAGCAGCAGCUCCUUACCCUGGUGCUGCUGGCGGUGAACGCGCUGCUGCUCUUCGCGGGGCUGGCCGCCUGGGCCUCCCGCCUGCUGCGGAAAAAGGUGCUGGGGCGGCGGCGGCGGAAGGCGGCCCCCGUCCACGUCCGGCAGCUCUACUCCACCCGCCGGCCCCUCCGCUCCAUGGGCACCGGCGUCUCCGCCGACUUCUCGGGCUUCCAGUCCCACCGGCCGCCCCGCGGCGCCGCCUGCGCCCUCAGCGAGGCCGACCUGAUCGAGUUCCCCUGCGAGCGCUUCAUGGACAGCGGUGGCGGCGGCGGCCGCCACGGCGACGACCACCUGCUGCAGCGGUUCGCCGAUUGA